AUGUAUGAACAGUGUAGAACAGAGGUGCAAGAAGUAAUAAAUAAAGAAGUCGAAACAAUCUGCAUUACGACUGACAAUUGGACUUCGGCGAGAAAUGAUAGUUUUAUGGCUGUUACUGGGCAUUUUAUAAAUAAAAAUUUUGAUUUGCAAUCGAUUGUUUUGGACUGUGAAGUAAUUUCGGGUCCUUCCAAUAGUGAAAAUACAACAUCUCAGUUAAAAAGUAUUACCGAUUCUUGGGGUAUUUCAGCUAAAAUCAAUUUAGCUGUUUCUGAUAACGCGGCUUACAUCAAGAAAGCCGUAUCACAGGAGCUAGGGUGGAAACAUUUCGGAUAUGCAGCACACACAAUAAAUUUGAUAGUGCAAGAAGCGACGGAAAAUCUGUACCCAUCAAGUCUGUGA